CGCUGCAUACACACAUGUUUCUCUCGUGCAUGUAAACUUGCGCUGGAGCCUGGAGGAUGCCGCUGCCAAAACUAAAACGUCGUUGUCAAUGUAGACCGUGCACGUGCACGGACACGGCUAAGGCUAAUUCACAGACCAACUAUCAAACUCAAUUAAGGUAUGAUCCGAUUCUUCUGAUAACGUUACAAGUAAUUCUAAUGAACAAAAAAAGCGAAAUCCUUCCUUUGUCCAUUUAAACCUUUGGUCUUAACUUAGCAGCGCAAUACCGUCAAUGUUACCCAACAUGUGGUGGCCCCCUGCGAUGCCACAGCCAUCAUAUUCUUAUACAGGCAUAAUCUGGCAGACGGGUCCAUUUUACAGCAGCAACCAAGGUGACAGUGGUCUCAGCAAGUAUCCCUACUGGUCCAUAAAUGAUGCUAAGAAGUUCAUGCUCUUCAGGUCCUUGUUUGAUUUGGUGAACUCUUCGUAUUGUCUGAAGCUAGAAGACCAGAGGCUGCGGACAUGGUACACCAGUCUGUCAGAUGAGGAUAGGAAAAUAAUCCAUGACGAAGGAGGUUUUCAUCAGUUUAUUCAGAAACACCCUGCCCUUGACAUAGCACAGCACAUCGGACUAGUCCAUGUAAAACCACAAAUAAGAAGAGCUGCUAUCACAAUGGCUUCAGAAUUAAACCAAUCCAGAAUGCCAACAUUUUAUGGGAUGUCUCAGUGUAAAAAGUGUAAGACAAGUUGUCCUUCAGGGGCUGAAGUGUGCAGAACUUGUUUUGUCCCUCAACCAGUGGUCGAGGAGAGGACAUACGUAACAGGACAAAAGCAAGAACCUGUUGCAAUGCAAAGCAACCAAAGAGAGGAGCUUAAUAUGCCAAACAGAAACAGCCUUGGGAUCUGGAAUGUUAACAGCCAUAGUGCCCCUGGUGACCACCAGGUGGCUCAAGAUAGCUUCCAGUCAGCUUUCGACGACAGCCGCACUUCACUGACCUCUCCUGGCCCAAAAGGAGGCGCGUGUCCCCAGGCUCCACGCUUCUCCAAGGAGUGGCGAGAGGGUCGGAGCAGCGCUCAGAACGUAACCGCGAGCGCGUUCAAAGACAACUCAGCGCAGGCCAGCUUCUCCCUGGAUAUGGAGCUGGAGCGUCAGAGCAAGAUGGCCCAGAGUUGUGCCCCUCCGGCCAACCCUGUCCGCCAAGAUCCGUUCGGGAGGGUUGCGGAAAACAGGACCUACCUGGAUCUGGCGCAAGAGACGCCCCCUGAGUACUACAGCUUCAACAGCACCAUGUUUGACCAGACGUCAGCUAACUUGAUGGAAAACACCGGCUGGCCUGCCGAGCAGAAUGAUGUUGACUCGCUCAUGGCCACAAGGGGCAGCACUGAGUGCACAGCGAACAGCCUGACGACAUCAAGUGCUGGGUUGUGCCUGUCUGAAGUCUCUGCUGAUGAAAGCCUGCGGAGUAAUAAACCCCGAGACGAGUUCCAUAGCAUCAUGGAGGAGUCUGUCGAUACGGAACGCUGGCUCAACUGCUCGGUUACUCCAGAGAAACCCCAUGUGUCUCCGUCUCAGAAACCACAUGUGGAUCUGCCCGUGAAGCUGGCCGCAGAAAAGAGCCAGCAAACCCCAUAUAAAGACGAGCAGUCAGUGGCCGAGUCCUUCAUGUCGAUCAGUCCAGAUAAGUCUGGAGUCCUACUGCCAGUAUCAGCGGCUCCUGCCACUGUGAACCAGAUGGUAGAUGCCAGUGGGGACUUUCGAGCCCGUUUCACGUCUACGCAGGAGUCUUUAGCCGCCCCAAGCACCACGGACGCCUCCACUGAGAUGGACUCUCCCUUGUGCUUUGAUCAAGACACCCAGACCUCACAGGUCUCCACUGCCGACAAGAGUGUCAUCACGGAGGUCCACAUAGCAGAUCUCGAUUACCUUACUAAGGAGUUUUUGAGACUGAAGUCAGUGGAAGAGGAACUGGAGCAGCUGAAGGCCAGCCAGCAGACGUGCAACAACACAAAAGGUGGGUGUGAGUGUGGUCAGAGGUUACAGCAGGCAGAUCUGAAGCUGUUGGCUCUGCAGUACUUCAUGUGCCAGGACCACUGCUGGAGGAGAUACUACACCUCACCACAGGGGGAGAGCCAGCUGCAAUGCGCUGGUGUGGUCCCUGAGAGCUUAGCGGAGACUCUGCGGGCCCUGGAGCAGGAGUACACCCAGCUGAGGAGGCAGGUGCUGGCAGGGGCGGCUCUGGAGGAGUUGACCCCGCUCUCCGUAGACACCCACAGACUCCACACCGACGCACGCUACACCCCAGCGCAGAUUGCAAUCUGCAAGGCUGCAGAGGCCCACCCAAAGCCAGACGCUGUUAAAAGUUCCAAAGUGGGAUCUCUGAAGACUCAGAGGAAAGCAGGUUCCUCCAGACCUGGUGGUGGUGAGGUUAGUGAAGCCUGGUACGAUGCAGAGGAAGAUUUUGGGGCUGCUGGCCAAGGCCUGAAAGAGGAGCGACUCAGAAAAGCGAUUGAGAUUGAGAGAAACCAAAAAGUGGGAGAUGGUGACGGCAAGAAGAUCAGCUCCAGCUGUGAUGUCUUCAUCACAGACCUCCAUCAAGAUGUGACUAAGGAGGAUCUGAUGUCUCUAUUUGAGAAAUACCAGCCCAGAGAAGUUUGCUUCACAAUGUCAAACAUGUCCAGGAGUGCCAACGUGACGGUGAGCUCACCUGACAACGCUGCAGCGGCGGCGCUAGAGCUCAGCGGCGCCUCCAUCCACGGACGGCCCGUCCAGGUGAGGCGCGUCAGCAGACCACCUGCAGCAGGCCCUGAGGGGGACCAGGCCUUCAAGAAGCCCCACGCUCCCUCUGCCCCCACACCUGCACUCUCAGGAGACGUGGCCAAGCCCGGGGGAGUGAAGAAGAGCGCUCCAUACGACAUGUCCCCCAAACCAAGCCGCCGCCACAUAGAAAAACUGGUGAACAUCAGCGACGUGCCCACAGCCACGGGCACCUACGUGCCCCAGCAGCCGCCCGCCAACUCCGCCGCCAUGGGCAGCUUCGACACGCUGAUGGGCCGGCUGUCGGAGCGCCACCCGCUGGUGGGCCGGCAGAACAUCGUGGAGGCGCUGCUGGAGCUCCGGGCCCAACACCGCGGCUCCCUCAGUGGCCUGCCGCUGCGCACCAUCGUGGAGAUGACCUCUGACCUCCUGACUGUCAAGGCCUCAGUAUCACUGUGA